CUUCCAAAUUCCAUUCAGCGUCCCUGCCCAUCUGCCCAAUAUACAGAGUAAACUUGAAUUUCAGGACCUUGUUUUUUCAUUCCACCCUCUUGUCCUGCAGCUGCAGUCCUCUCUUUACUUCUCUCCAACCGCCAUGGCAACAGCUGGGAAGGUCAUCAAGUGUAAGGCAGCAGUGGCCUGGGGGCCCAACAAGCCUUUGGUGAUUGAGCAGAUCGAGGUGGCGCCUCCUCAGGCCAACGAGGUCCGCGUCAAGAUCGUGGCAACUUCAGUGUGCCAUUCGGACUUGUACUAUCUUUUGGAGGCCAAGCAUGAGGGUGGCUUUCCAUUAGUCCUCGGCCACGAGGCGGCAGGUAUCGUAGAGAGUGUCGGGCCCGGAGUCACUGAAUUUCAGCCUGGAGACAAAGUUAUCCCUCUGUUCCUCUCCCAGUGUCGACAAUGUCGCUUCUGUAAAAAUCCUAAAACCAACCACUGUGAGAAUUCAGUGUCCCUAAUUCCUCAAGAUGGAUUGGUUAUCCCACAGUCCAGGUUCACUUGUAAGGGACAGGUGCUCAUGCAGUUCGCGAGCACCAGCACCUUCUCUGAGUACACUGUGGUAAAAGACAUCGCUCUGGCUAAAAUUGAUCCCUCAGCUCCUCUGGACAAGGUCUGUCUUCUUGGCUGUGGGGUCUGUACUGGAUAUGGAGCAGCAGUUAAUACCGCUAAGGUGGAACCAGGCUCCACGUGUGCUGUGUUUGGCCUGGGAGCUGUGGGUUUGGCUGCAGUCAUGGGCUGCAAGUCUGCAGGAGCUAAGAGGAUUAUUGCUGUUGACAUCAAUCCAGAGAAGUUUGAGAAGGCCAAGGUGUUUGGUGCAACUGACUUCGUGAACCCCAAAGAUCACGAUAAACCCAUCAACCAGGUGCUGUCUGACAUGACCAACGGAGGAGUGGACUACUCCGUGGAAUGUACCGGCAAUGUGGCAGUCAUGCGCAGUGCCUUGGAGUCUUGUGUGAAAGGUUGGGGCGUCAGCGUGAUCGUUGGAUGGACAGACAUGAACGACGUUGCUGCCCGACCCAUUCAGCUCAUCAGUGGACGCACAUGGAAGGGAUCCCUGUUUGGAGGGUUUAAAGGUAAGGACGGCGUACCUCAGAUGGUCAAAGCCUACCUGGACAAGAAGGUGAUGGUGGAUGAGUUCAUUACUCACAACAUGGCUUUGGACCAAGUCAAUGACGCCAUUGAAUUAAUGAAGCAUGGCAAAUGCAUCCGGACGGUCCUGAAUGUUUCUCCACAAUGAGAGCACUACACUGCCUUUAAUGAAACCAGUAAUUCAGUCAUUAACCACUACACCAUACAGGAUUUCAGCGAGAAUAAUCCAAAUAUACAUUGCUCAAAAUAAAGUGGAUCUACCAUCCAGUGAA